CCAGCGCCCUCGGGGAAAUGUAGUUUGUUUAGUCUCCAGCUAGAGAAAGAUCUGGGGCUGUGGACUACCACUCCCGUGAGGUAGUGCGCAGUCCCACCCCAUAAGCGGCGUCUUCGAACGCGCCGCGGCAGCCAUGUUGAUCGUGGCUAGCACAGGGGCCGGCACCAGCGGGUUUUAGAAGCAGGUGUCAUGAUGUUGUCCGCGGUGUUGAGGAGAACCACGCCAGCGCCCCGGCUCUUCCUAAGGUUAACCAAAUCUCCAUCUCUCCAAAGCCGGGGAAGUGCUUACGGCCGUGGCGUUGUCACCGGAGACCGCGGGGAGCCGCAGCGGCUGAGAGCUGCCGCUUGGGUGCGCCCUGGAGCAUCUUCUAUCUUCUUCCCCGGACGGGGGGCAGCCACCUGGGGGCGCUGUGGAGAACGCACGGAGAUCCCAUACCUGACUGCCGCCUCGUCGGAACGCGGUCCUAGCCCCGAAGAAACACUCCCGGGACAAGACAGCUGGAAUGGGGUCCCCAACAAGACGGGUCUGGGCAUGUGGGCCUUGGCCAUGGCGCUGGUGGUUCAGUGCUACAGCAAGAAUCCAUCUAACAAGGAUGCAGCUCUAAUGGAAGCUGCUCGGGCCAACAACGUGCAGGAAGUCAGAAGGCUGUUAUCAGAAGGUGCAGAUGUCAAUGCAAGGCACAAACUUGGCUGGACAGCACUGAUGGUGGCAUCCAUCAGCCACAAUGAGAGUGUGGUGCAGGUCCUGCUUGCUGCUGGAGCUGACCCAAACCUUGGGGAUGAGUUCAGCAGUGUCUACAAGACUGCCAAUGAACAGGGAGUCCAUUCUUUGGAAGUCCUAGUCACUCGAGAGGAUGACUUCAACAACCGGCUAAACCACCGUGCUAGCUUCAAAGGCUGCACAGCCCUGCACUAUGCUGUCCUGGCCGACGACUACAGCAUCGUCAAGGAGCUGCUGGACGGAGGAGCCAACCCCCUUCAGAGGAACGAGAUGGGGCACACGCCCCUGGAUUACGCCCGGGAAGGGGAGGUUAUGAAGCUUCUGAAAACUUCUGAGACCAAGUACAUGGAGAAGCAGAGGAAGCGGGAGGCAGAGGAGCGGCGCCGCUUCCCACUGGAGCAGCGACUGAAGGAGCACAUCAUUGGCCAGGAGAGUGCCAUCGCCACCGUUGGUGCUGCGAUCCGGAGGAAGGAGAAUGGCUGGUACGAUGAGGAGCACCCUCUAGUCUUCCUCUUCUUGGGAUCGUCUGGAAUAGGGAAAACCGAGCUGGCCAAGCAGACAGCAAAGUAUAUGCACAAAGAUGCCAAAAAGGGCUUCAUCCGGCUCGACAUGUCUGAGUUCCAGGAGCGACAUGAGGUAGCCAAGUUUAUCGGUUCUCCACCAGGCUACAUCGGCCAUGAAGAAGGUGGCCAGCUGACCAAGAAACUGAAACAGUGCCCAAAUGCAGUAGUCCUCUUUGAUGAGGUGGACAAGGCCCAUCCAGAUGUGCUCACCAUCAUGCUGCAGCUGUUUGAUGAGGGCCGCCUGACAGAUGGCAAGGGGAAGACCAUUGACUGCAAGGAUGCCAUCUUCAUCAUGACUUCCAAUGUAGCCAGUGAUGAGAUUGCCCAGCAUGCAUUGCAGCUCAGACAGGAAGCUUUGGAGAUGAGCCGAAAUCGAAUCGCUGAAAACCUUGGGGAUGUCCAGAUGAGUGACAAGAUCACCAUCUCCAAGAACUUUAAAGAGAAUGUGAUCCGACCCAUCUUGAAAGCUCACUUCCGGAGAGACGAGUUUCUGGGACGGAUCAAUGAGAUCGUCUACUUCCUCCCUUUCUGCCACUCAGAGCUCAUCCAGCUGGUCAACAAGGAACUGAACUUCUGGGCCAAGAGAGCCAAGCAGAGGCACAACAUCACACUACUGUGGGACCGCGAGGUGGCAGACGUGUUGGUUGAUGGCUACAACGUCCACUAUGGUGCCCGCUCCAUUAAGCAUGAGGUAGAGCGGCGUGUGGUAAACCAACUGGCAGCAGCCUAUGAGCAGGACCUGCUACCAGGGGGUUGCACCCUGCGUAUCACUGUGGAGGACUCAGACAAGCACCUCCUCAAGAGCCCUGAGCUGCCCUCACCCCAGGCUGAGAAGCGUCCACCUACAUUGCGACUGGAGAUCAUUGAUAAGGACAGCAAGACCCGCAAACUGGACAUCCAGGCACCACUCCACCCUGAGAAGGUGUGCUACACCAUCUAGCAUCCACCUGUCUGUGCCCUGAACAUCUAAUAAAGGCCCCUUGCUGUGGCAUGGCAACCAAUCCACCUUGCCCUCAUGCCUUUCCAAGGCCUAGCAUCCUCUCCUACGUUUCUUGGUUGUGGGGUUCAUAGUCUGUUAUGAUCUCCAAGGCAAGGAACAGGAAGCCUGGUCUGCACUUCAGUGUGCACUCCAUUCCAUGUCCUCACUAGAACAUUGACAUGUGGCCAGAAGCUCAGAAACAUGCAGCGGAGAACAAGUCUGGCUGAAGAAGAUAGGGCUCAGGCAGUGGUGCGCCACCUCUGCUUGUGCUGAUGCAGCUCAUCCCCAGGAUGGCCCCGUGGCAGUGGGGGAAGCCAGGAGCCCCAAGCACAGGUAGCUCUGUAUGUAGUUUAUUCUACAGCUACCUCUUUCCCAUGCCCUACAACUGUCAGAGUCAAGGCUUGUGACUGAGCCAGUGUAGAGCACCCAUAGGUCUGACUGGUUCCUCUUCCUGCCUUCCUCUGGGGUGGGACCAUGGUCCCAGGUGAACACCUCAGCUCUGAGAUGGGGCUCAUUCAGCAGACUGGCAGUCUAGAUAAUGGAAGGUGCUGUGGGAGCAAGGCUGGAGUCAGGCUCCACACAGGUGGGCACAGGUCUGCCUUAGCUCUGUCUCUUAACUGCCAUCCCAGCCAGGUAGCAAUUCCAUGGGCCUGGCGUGCCCAUGAAGGACAGGAGGACACAGCAGGGCCUGGCAAGUCAUUCUGCAUCAUCUGCAGAAACCAUCACCACUACAGGACUGAGUAGAGCCCUCCUGUGUGUUAGCCAGCCUCUGUCAAGAUGUUUAGACAGGGCUGAAGUCAAUGCCAUGAUUCAUAGAUUGUCAUGACAAGAUGCUCACAGCUCUGAGUGACACCACCUCACCCCUAAGAGGCAGCCUGCUCCUCACUACCUCAAAACUGUAUUCUCUUUUUACUUUGAAAUUCUCUAGGCUUACAGAAAAUUAUGAAGAAAAAAAAAAGUAAACCUCUUACUCCUUUACCUCAGCCUCUCCUGUCACACAGCAUAGACGCAUGGGGAGUGACAGGACCAGGAAAGGAGCAUUGCCACACACUCCUGCCCCACCUGCAGGCUGUGGCUUUCACCAGCCUGGAUAUCCCACAGUGCAUUCUCCUUUCCGUCGCCUUCCCCUGUGUCUGCCCAAGGCAGUUUCUGUGUCCUCCCUGCUCUUCAGAGAUCGUGACAUUUUUGAAGAGUCCAAGCCAGUUCUUUUGUAGAAUAUCCUUCAGCCGAGAUCUAUCUAAUGCUCUCACUGAUGAGAUUGGGGGUCUGCGUUUUUGGCAAGGUGAACACAGAGACCAAUGCCCUGCUGCCUCCCUCACAGCACAUGGCAGUGUUAACUGUAACCCCAAAGCUCGAGUUGUCUAGAAAAAGGUUCUCUACUGUAAAAUUGAAAGUUUCAGGCUAGGGUGUAGUAUUAGACCUUGGCUAGCAUGCACAGAGGCCUGGGUUGAUUCCCAGUGCCACAAAAAUAAAUAAGCGUAUAAAUAUAAUUUUUUCCUAGAACUAAAAUCAAGCCAAACUACUUACUGGCUUAUGCCUGGACUCCCAGCAAUUGGGAGGUUGAGGUAGGAUCGUCACAAGUUUGAGGCUACUUUGUGCUGCAUACUGAGUUCCAGGCCAGCCUAGGCUACAUAGUAAAACCCAAUCUCCAAGAGUCAAGUAAAUACAUCUCUAUAAAGUUGAGACUGGCCUGGUCUGCAGAGAGAGCUGCGGGCCAGCCAGGGCUGCAGAGUGAGACCUUGUCUUAAAAAACAGCAAUCCUCUACCAUGGCCCUGCAGGUUAUGGCACUUUUUACCCAGCCUGAUGACUUGAGUUAAUUCCUUGAACCCAUAUAAAGAUGAAGGUAGGGGACCAACAUCAAAAAAAUGGUCCUCUGACCACACACGUGGUGACUGCCCGCCCCCAUACAUACACAGACAUAUACAUGACAGUAAUAAUACAUUUUUAAAGUAAUGAUAAUGUUCUGGGAAGGUACUUAAAGCUGUGUAAAUGCUUUAUACGUGCUUAUAUUUUUUAGAGUAAGUGUCCAUCUCAGCUGAGACAUUUUACUGUUGAAUUUCCUGUUUUACUUGUGCAGAUUUGUUGUUCCUUAUCCAUCUGUGUUUAAUAAUUGGUGUUCUGUUCCAAAGAAACCCUUUACCUCAUUCAUUUACUCAGAAUGUAUGCCCAUGUAUUCUGUGGUUAUGAUGUAGUAGGAACUGUAAUGCUCCGAGCAGCCACGUGGGGCCUAUGUGAGCUCCUUCAUGCUUUGGCGUUGCUUGCACCUCCAUGUUCUGCCACUGUAGACUGUCCUGGGCCAACUCGCAGCCUCCCCGCCACAGCUCCCAUUUCUCCAAGGCCUUCCUGUUUCCUGUUAUUGUGUGAACCAAUGGUUUCUUGAUGCUCUAAAGAA